AUGGCCCGAGCGCGGCUGGCGGCACCGGUGCUGACCGCGCUGCUCCUCGUCGUCCUGGGCGCCGGCGCAGGCGCCGAGCAGUGCGGCCGGAACGAGUUCCGCUGCGGCGACGGGAAGUGCAUCUCCUACGCCUGGGUCUGCGACGGCAGCGCCGAGUGCAAGGACGGCUCCGACGAGUCGCUGGAGACCUGCCGCUCGGUGUCCUGCAAGCCGGGCGAGUUCAGCUGCGGGGGCCGGAUCAACCGCUGCAUCCCCGCGUCCUGGCGCUGCGACUCGGAGACCGACUGCGAGAACGGCUCGGACGAGCAGGGCUGCUCGCCCCGCGCCUGCGCCGACGACCAGUUCCAGUGCCGCAGCGGGAAGUGCAUCGCCCUGGACUUCGUCUGCGACGAGGAGCGCGACUGCGAGGACGGCGACGACGAGCUCCGCUGCCCCGUGCCCACCUGCAGCCCCCUGAUGUUCCAGUGCAACAACUCCGUCUGCAUCCCGCGGCUGUGGGCCUGCGACGACGACCCCGACUGCCCCGACGGCUCCGACGAGUGGCCCCAGACGUGCGGGCCCCGGGCGGGCGCCCCCAGCCCCUGCCCGCCGCUGCACUUCCACUGCGGCAGCGGCGAGUGCAUCCACCAGCGCUGGCGCUGCGACAGCAGCGCCGACUGCCGCGACCGCUCCGACGAGGCCGGCUGCGCGGCGUCCACCUGCCGCCCCGACGAGUUCCAGUGCGACGACGGGAGCUGCGUGCACGGCAGCCGCCAGUGCGACCGCGAGUUCGACUGCAGGGACAUGAGCGACGAGGUCGGCUGCGAGAACGUGACCUCCUGCGACGGCACCAAGUUCAAGUGCCGCUCGGGCGAGUGCAUCACCAUGGACAAGGUCUGCAACAAGAAGCGGGACUGCCGGGACUGGUCCGACGAGCCCAUCAAGGAGUGCGAGGCCAACGAGUGCCUGGACAACCGGGGCGGCUGCUCCCACAUCUGCAAGGACCUGAAGAUCGGCUACGAGUGCCUCUGCCCCGAGGGCUUCCGGCUGGUCGACGGCAAGCGAUGCGAAGACAUCGACGAGUGCCAGGACCCCGAGACCUGCGGGCAGCUCUGCGUCAACCUGGAGGGCGGCUACAAGUGCGAGUGCAGCGAGGGCUACCGCCUGGACCCCGCCACCAGGGCCUGCAAAGCCGUAGGCCCCGUCGCCUACCUCCUCUUCACCAACCGCAACGAGGUGCGGCGGAUGACGCUGGACCGCAGCAACUACACUAGCCUCAUCCCCCACCUGAAGCACGUGGUGGCCCUCGACAUGGAGAUCGCCAGCGACACCAUCUACUGGUCCGACAUCUCCCAGAGGAAGAUCUACCGCGCCUCCAUCGACAACGCGGGCGACGCCAGCCACCACGCCACCGUCAUCGGCGCCGGGCUGCGGGCGCCCGACGGCCUCGCCGUCGACUGGGUCCACGGCAACAUCUACUGGACCGACUCGCAGCUGGGCUCCGUCUCCGUGGCCGACGGCGCCGGCUCCAAGAGGAAGACCCUCAUCCGGGAGCCAGGCGCCAAGCCGCGGUCCAUCGUGGUGGACCCGCUUCGCGGCUUCAUGUACUGGACCGACUGGGGCGCGUCAGCCAAGAUUGCCAAGAGCGGGCUCAACGGCGCGGACAACUUCGCCCUGGUGACGGAGGGCAUCGAGUGGCCCAACGGGAUCACGCUGGACCUGCCGUCGCAGCGCCUGUACUGGGUGGACUCCCGGCUCCACGCGCUCUCCAGCGUCGACGUGGACGGGGGCAACCGCCGGACGGUCCUGACCGACCCCCAGGCGCUGGAGCACCCCUUCGCCGUCACCGUCUUCGAGGACACCGUCUUCUGGACCGACGUCAACAAGGAGGCCAUCUUCAGCGCCAACCGCCUGACGGGCGCCGAGGUGAAGACGGUGGCUGAGAACUUGUUCUCCCCCGAGGACCUGGUGCUCUACCAUGCCCUGAAGCAGCCCGCAGGCGAGAACUGGUGCACGGACGGCAACGGGGGCUGCAGCUACCUCUGCCUGCCGGCGCCGCGCGUCUCCCGCCGCUCGCCCCGCUACACCUGCGCCUGCGCCGACGGCCAGCGCCUGGCGCCCGACGGACGCGCCUGCCUCCCAGGCGCCUCAGCCCCCGCCGCGGCGACGGUGGCGACGACGACGACGACAACGACGACGACGACGACAACGAGCUCCCCGGCGCCCGGCACCACCACGUCCAGCACGCGGCCCCGGCCGGCCACGCGCGGCCCCGGCCUCCCUGGCACCAGCACCGGCACCAGCACGGACACGACCGCGACCCUUGUAACAGCCCAGAUCGGCGUCACCGCGGAGAGGAGGACGGGCCCCGCGGCGCUCUCGGUCGUCCUGCCCCUGGUGCUCCUCAUCCUCGUGGCCUUCGGCGCCUUCCUGGUGUGGAAGAACUGGCGGCUGAAGAACACCAACAGCAUCAACUUCGACAACCCCGUCUACCAGAAGACCACCGAGGACGAGAUGCACAUCUGCCGCAGCCAGGAGGGCUACAGCUACCCGUCGCGGCAGGCCGUGAGCCUGGAGGACGACGCGGCCUGACGGCGCCGGGGCCGCGGCCUCUCCCACGUCGCCCCGCUCCUCCGCGCCGGACGCCGGCGCUCUCGGCGGGCGCCGGCCCCCUCCCCACCGCCGGACUCGGCGCGCCCGCGGCGCGGACCGUCUGCCAGCCGACGACGGUGGAGGACAGAGAGGGGCCGGGGCCCUGUCGCCGCUCGGCACAAGGACGGGCCCGGCCGCGGCCCCGCCGGGACGAGGACGCGAAGGGGCCGCCGGGGCGGCGCGGGUGAGCGCCGCGGCCCGGCGCUGCCGCCUUGCUCGACGGCCCCUGGGACUCGCAGCCAGCGCUGGGGCCGGGCGGUUGUGCACAGCCGCGUGCGGCUGUGCGUGGGUGUGCGUGUCGGCACAGUUGUGUGUGCCUGUGCGCGUGUCUGUGUGUGCGUGCAUGUGUCUGUGUGUGUGUGUGUGUGUGGAAGGGGGGGCGGCGUGCUGCUGCCCGACACCACGGCGUUCCUUUUUUUUACCUAAACUGUGAAAAAAACAGCAAAUGUGGCCUUC